AGACGCCUGGGACAUGGGAAUACCACACGGGCUCUCCUGGGGACGCGUCCUGAUCCUCGCGGGGCUGCUGCGGUCACCUGCCUGCACGGUGCUAGGCAACGACAUCCUGGGCCUGAAGGUUCCGCGCGACCCGGUCCUGACCCCCAACACGGUGUGCCUGGCGCUGCCGGGCCUCAGCAAGCGGCAGAUGAGCCUCUGCGUGCGCAGCCCUGACGUCACCGCCUCCGCGCUGCAGGGCAUCCGGAUCGCGCUGCACGAGUGCCGGCACCAGCUGCGCGACCAGCGCUGGAACUGCUCCUCCCUGGAGAGCCAGGGCAAGCUGCCCCACCAGAGCGCCAUCCUCCGGCGGGGCUUCAGAGAGAGCGCCUUCACCCUGUCCCUGCUGGCGGCAGGCGUGGCGCACUCAGUGGCCUCGGCCUGCAGCCUGGGGAAGCUGCGCGGCUGCGGGUGCGAGGCCAAGCGGCGGCUGGACGACGACAAGAUCCGCCUCAAGCUGACGCAGCUGCAGCUGCAGACGCUGCAGAGGACGCCGGGCCUGCGCGGGCCGCAGCCGGCCUCCCACGUGCCCCUGCACCCCUCCGCUCUCCUCAGCCCGCUCCCGGAGGACGCCCCCUCCCUGCAGGACACCUGGGAGUGGGGGGGGUGCAGCCACGACACCCGCUUCGGCGAGCGCUUCUCCCGGGACUGGCUGGACUCGCGGGAGUCUCCGCGCGACAUUCACGCCCGCAUGAAGAUCCACAACAACAGGGUGGGCCGGCAGGUCGUCACGGACAACAUGAAGAGGAAGUGCAAGUGCCACGGCACGUCGGGCAGCUGCCAGUUCAAGACCUGCUGGUACGUCACGCCCGAGUUCCGCCUGGUGGGGGCGCUGCUGCGCGAGAAGUUCCACUCGGCCGUCUUCAUCAACUCGCAGAACAAGAACACGGGGGUGUUCAACCCGUGGGCGCGGGGCGCGGGGGGCCGGCGGCGCGUCUCCCGCGAGCUGGUGUACUUCGAGAAGUCGCCGGAUUUCUGCGAGCGCGAGCCGGCGCUGGACUCCCUGGGCACGCAGGGACGCAUCUGCAACAAGAGCAGCGGCGGCAUGGACAGCUGCAGCUCGCUGUGCUGCGGCCGCGGCCACAACAUCCUGAAGCAGACGCGCAGCGAGCGCUGCCACUGCCGCUUCCACUGGUGCUGCUACGUCAUGUGCGAGGAGUGCCGCGUCACCGAGUGGGUCAACGUCUGCAAGUGACCUCUGACCCCUGACCUCACUAUGACCCCGGGACCCAUUGCCACCUUGUUCCGCUUCCCUUCCCAGCUGGUACCAAUCCUUCCCCCACUUCCGUCGUCUUUUCCCAAUCCCUUCAGCCAUCCCUUCCCUCUUUCUCCGGUUUUCCCAGGCUGGCCUGAGCCACCGUCGUUCCCCAACUCCAUUUCCUCAGCACGUCUCACUCUGGGGUGCCACUUGCCCUCUUGUCCUCCCUCAGUCCUGGACAUUUGCCUUCCCUCCAUACUGAAAGUGAUGGAGUGACACUAUAAAGCAGACACUGGAAAGUCUUGGAAGGCAGAGGGCAUUUAGCUGAAUGAUUUCUCUAUUGCUCGGGUGACCCAUCCCUUCCCAGACGUAUGAUGCCGUUUUCGUUCCUCUGAUUUUUGGAUUGUCACGAUGUUGGUUCUUUCAUGUGUGAGAAUGCCAUCCUGUCGCUCUACAGAAUGAACAACAACAACUGCUAACAGCUCCUGCAGGAAAGACAAGAAAGAGGAACGAGCUGGUAACUCAGACACAGAGCCCUCUGUACCGUGGACAUGUUAUUGUGAUAACUCAGACA